AUGGCCGCCUGGGGAUCUCUGGUGCUUCUGCUGUGGGUCUCGCUGGGCUGCCCGCCUCUCUUGUGCUUGCCUCAGGCAGACGGGGUCCCUGACAAUGGARGCACCACCGACCUGACAGGCAGUGAGGAGUCCCAGCGGCUCAGCAACCUCUCGGAGAUGCUGGCGAAGGGCUACAGCAUCAUUCCUUCUGGAACUCCCGCGACGUUCUCCCCUGCUCCAGCAGUGAUUCCGCACAGACCUGCUCUUGUUCAAGUGAUUCUAAUCGCGUGUGUGGCCUUCAGCAUUGCUCUGGUAUGUGGGAUCAUGGUCUCCUAUAUGAUACAUAGGCUGGUAAAGGCUGAGGAGAAGCAGCAGCUUGCGGUGCUUUAUGAAAACAUUGAGAUACCAUAUGAGGAAGUUUCUGAGGAUGAGUCCACCAACCUGCUUCCAGAGAACGAGAAGGAGCUGGGGAAGUUCAUCCGUUCAGUUAUCAGAUUGAAAAGGAGGGAAAAUAUUGAAAAGAAGAAAUUGAGGGAAGAGCAAAAGUUAAUGAAAGAAAAGAUAAAGGAUGCCAUGUAUGGUGCAAAAAUGGAGAAUCUGUGA